AUGGCAGAAGCCUCUGUGGAUGCCGGGACUCAGCCUGUAACUGUGAAGAAAAAGAAAAGCCUGUCCAUCGAGGAAAAGAUUGACAUCAUAAAUGCAGUGGAAAGUGGCAAGAAAAAGGCAGAGAUUGCAGCUGAAUACGGCAUAAAGAAAAAUUCACUGUCUUCCAUUAUGAAAAACAAAGACAAAGUUCUAGAAGCCUUUGAGUCUUUGAGAUUUGAUCCGAAGAGAAAAAGACUGAGAACAGCGUUUUAUACGGAUCUGGAAGAGGCAUUGAUGAGGUGGUAUCGGAUUGCUCAAUGUCUAAAUGUUCCAGUUAAUGGUCCAAUGUUGCGUCUAAAAGCUAAUGAUUUUGCCCAGAAGCUGGGACACAAUGAUUUUAAGUGCAGCAAUGGUUGGCUGGAUCGUUUUAAAUCCAGGUAUGGCUUAGUAUUUAGAGCACAACCUGUAGAUGCCACCGGUGUAUCUAUAGAUCCUUGCACUGUGUGGUACCAAAAUGUGCUUCCUUAUUACUUAAACGAUUAUCAUCCUAAAAAUGUUUUCAAUGUAAAAGAGACUGGACUGCUUUAUCGAAUGUUACCCACAAAUACUUUUGCAUUCAAAGGAGAAACAUGUUCAGUUGGAAAGCUGUGCAAAGACAGGAUAACGCUGGCACUCGGUACAAAUAUGGAUGGCUCUGAGAAGCUCCCUUUGCUUAUCAUUGGGAAAAACCGAGCCCCACGUUGUUUCAAAGGCAUAAAAUCAUUGCCUGUGUAUUAUGAAGCUAACAGAACUGCGUGGAUGACUGCAGCCAUAUUCGAGCAGUGGAUGCAGAAGCUGGAUGAGAAAUUCCAAGCCCAGAAACGAAGAGUGGUGAUUUUUGUUGAUUCUUUCCCGGCACAUCCAGAAGUGAAAAACCUAAAGUCCAUUGAGUUAGCAUUCUUCCCAUCAUGCUUGUCUUCCGGGUUUGCAGCUAUGAAUCAAGGUGUUAUUAAAAGUCUUAAAAUCAAAUAUCGGCAUUGUCUUAUCAAGAAAUUUUUAAGCUCAGUCGAAAGUAGCAAAGAGUUUACAUUUUCUCUACUAGACGCAGUUGAUACAUUGCAUCUCUGCUGGAGAGCUGUAACUCCAGAGACCAUUGUUAAAAGCUAUGAAGAAGCAGGAUUCAGGUCUCCAAAGGGAGAAAAUGACACAGCAAAUGCAGAAGACGCUGCUACUCUUGAUCUGACUGCCCAUGCAGUGGGGACAGGAGUGGAAUUUCUUGAAGGUUUGUCCAUAGAGGAAUAUGCUGCCCUGGAUGAGGACCUGCAGACUUGCGAAGCCACCCCAAAAGAUGAUGCCGAGUGGGCCGGAGAAAGUAAGCAAGACGAAACUGGUUUUUAUACUUCUGAUGAAGAGGAGGAGGACAGCGGAGCUCUAGAAGAGGACGUGCUGUUACCGUCCAAGAACGAAGCGCUCACAGCUGUAGGCACUCUGAAAAGGUUUCUUAGAAGUCACGACAUGAGCGAUGAACUUCACAAUUCUUUAGCAGACCUUGAAAACUUUAUUAACGCUUUGUCACCUGAGUAG